CAAAAAGGCCGAAGGAAGCAACAUGUUCCAUGUCCGCUUGGAGCAAGCCGCCGCCGCCUCCUGUAGCGAAGAAGAGAAACCCACGAUUGAAUUCGAAGUGGGGAAUCCGAGGGUGGAGCUCUUGACGGGACGAUUGCGGUUGUUUCGGUCGCUUGAAACUACAGAUGACGAAAGCAAAGACGAAGGCGACGACGCCGCUGGAGCCCUGUCAUGGCUGCCAAUUCCCCGAGAUGCGAUCUUGGGCUUGGAUCUAACGCUGCUAGGCUUUGUAAGCUUGCCCAUGCACAUGGGUCCAUUGGAGCUGAUUGAGUUUUCCAAAGCAUUUCGAAGCGACAUUGUCGUCAUCCGUCUUCUCCGUGAUUCCGACCCUCGGCAUUCUUCUCGCAUGGCGCUGAUGCAGUUUUCAAGCGCCAACAAAGCCGCCCAGUUCUACGAGGCGUUCAACGGGUCCCUUUUCAACUCCAUGGAGCCAGAGCGGUGUCGACUGGUGUUUGUCCACAACAUCGAGUUUAUCCGCGAACGGGCCGACCACGCGCCGCCGCUAGUCGUCAACGGCCAUGCCGCUGCCCAAGGCAUGCUUCCCGUCUUGUCGGGUGACUGCCGCCGCGACGCACCGGAAGGCCACGUGGAAAUUCCGACCUGUCCGGUGUGUCUGGAUCGGUUGGACACGUCGGCAUCCGGCAUCCUCACGACGUUGUGCAACCACACGUUUCAUUGCGACUGCUUGUUUCGAUGGGAAGGGUCCAGCUGUCCCGUGUGCAGAUACAGCCACGGGGACAUCGUGUCGGCCUGCGAGGUGUGCGACACGACCGACCACCUGUGGAUCUGCCUCAUUUGCGGCCACAUUGGCUGCGGACGGUACUCGAACGAACACGCCAAGAAGCAUUACCAAGACACACUGCACACGUACUCGCUCGAGUUGGAGACACAGCGGGUAUGGGAUUACGCCGGCGAUGGGUAUGUGCAUCGCUUGAUCAUGAACAAGCAAGACGGCAAGUACGUGGAAUUCCCAGACCCGAACGGCAUGCUGGGCAACCGCGGCGAAGACGAGCACAUGAAGUUGGAGAAGUUGGCGUCCGAGUACAACUUGUUGUUGACGAGCCAACUGGAAGAACAGCGCCUGUUUUACGAGCGACGGCUGUCCCAGCUGAACGAGACGGAGCACCGCCGCGCCGUAAACGUGCUGGAGCAGGAGAAAAAGAGUCUCAAGAAACUCAACGAAAACCUCAUCAAAGACGCCGCCAAGCUGACCGAGGACUUGCAUUUCGUGCGAGAGCUCAACAAGUCGCUGAUUGACAACCAACAACAAUGGAAAGAACGAGUGGUCGUGGCAGAACUCAAGGUCGCCAAGAUGGAAACCGAGACCCAGCGCCGAGUGGACGAUUUGGAGUCCCAGAUCCGAGACCUCAUGUUCUACUUGGACACGCAAAGCCGCGUCGAGAAUAGCGCCCACAAGCGAGACAUUCAGGGCGGCCAAGUACAUGUGCAACACGAGCCCAGGGCAGCAUCAGCAGCAGACGACAAGGUCAAGCGAAAGCCGAGCAGAACAAAAAAGUAAUCCCACACACAAGUUCAUGUCAAGUCGACACUACCAACCUAAUCGUCCCCAACUCAUCUCUCUCUCGCACUACUACUACUAGUGCCACUAGUUAGUUAAUGGUAUUCGUGAGCAUUCGUCCACGGCUUUUCGUUUUCGUCGUCGUAGUAAUCAAACAGCGACGCCGAGUGCACGCCAAGAAUGGGCUUCUUCUUGUGCUCGUCCAUGGACUCGACAAACAGCUGCACGAGCUGGCCGUUGGUGAGCAGCGGCACGGAAAAGUCGGCGGCCGUGCGCCGGAUCAAGUAGUUCUCCUUGACGCGCAACGAGUCGGCAUUCGAGAGGUUGAUGACCAGGUCGAUCUUGCCGUCCUUGAUCAGGUUGAGUGCGUUGGCUUCGCUGCUCAGGUCGGACGACGGGUACGCCACGAGGGUGCUCGGCACGCCAUGCUUGGUCAGAAACUCGUGCGUCUUUUCCGUCGUGUGCAGAUCAAAGCCCAGCUCGACCAGCUUGUGCGCGUAGUGAAUCGCCUCAGAUGAGUACCGGUCCUGGAAUGACAGCAAAAUGUGCUUCUCCGGCAGCUUAAAGUUGGACGAGACCAGCGCUUUGAGGAAUGCCUCGUGCUUGGUCUUGCCAAAGCACGCCACUUCGCCCGUCGACGCCAUCUCGACGCCGAGCAGGGGGUCCGCACCCCCCAGUCGCGUGUACGAGAACAUGGGGCUCUUGAUGCCGACGUACUCGGUGGGGCGCGGGGGGCCGUACAGCGGCGGCAGGUUGUCGUUGGACGUGUCUUCGCCCACAAACACCUUGGUCGCGGCUGCGAUGAAGUCGGCACCCACCGUCUUGGACACGAACGGGAACGACCGCGACGCGCGCAAGUUGCAUUCGAUCGCCAGCACGUCCGCGUCCUUGGCCAGAAACUGCGCGUUGAACGGCCCAGAGAUGUUGAGCGCUUUGACAAUCUUGGCGCCGGCUUGUCGCACGCGGUCCACAUAGUACGAGCUCACGGUCACGGGCGGCAGGAUGAGCGUGGCGUCCCCCGAGUGGACGCCGGCGUUCUCGACGUGUUCUGACACGGCGGCGGCGAUGAUCUCGCCGUUACGUGCGACGCCGUCCAGCUCAAUCUCGCGCGCCCCUUGCACAAACUUGGAAAUGACCACGGGGUGGUCCUGCGACACGGCUGACGCUUCGCCGAGCACCCGUUCUAGUCAUAAAGGUCAUUCUUUGGACAACAUUUGUCGACGGGUACUACCGAGGUCGCGGUCGUUGUAGGCCACGUUCAUGGCCGCCCCCGACAGCACGUACGACGGACGCACGAGGACGGGGUACCCCGCCUCGUUGGCAAACUGGCGCGCCGCAUCCAUGCUCGUGAGCUCCUUCCACGCCGGCUGGGCGACGCCGAUUUGGUCCAUGAGGUCGGAAAACUUGUGGCGAUCUUCGGCGGAAUCAAUGUCCAAUGGACUCGUACCCAGGACGUGCACGCCCGCCUUGUGGAGGGGCAGCGCCAAGUUGUUGGGGAUUUGGCCCCCUAUAGGUUUAGCCACAGAAUGAAUCCCAACCAUCACCAUUGAAAAAAACCAUCAUGGAAGGGAAGUACAUACCAACUGACACGACGACCCCCUGCACCCCUUCGCGCUCGUACACGUCCAAAAUGCGCUCCUUGGUCAGCUCUUCAAAGUACAACUGGUCACACUCGUCGUAGUCGGUGCUAACUGUCUCGGGGUUGUAGUUCAUCAUCACUGCGCGGUACCCGAGACGGCGCAGCGUGCGGAUGCAGCUCACGGCACACCAGUCAAACUCGACCGAACUGCCAAUCUAGGUCGCAUAUAAAUCGUC